GGAUGGUUUCGAGAAUGGCUGUUGUGUUGCUGAUUGGUUUUUUGGGGAUGUUUUAUCAGGCCACCCAACUUCCUCCUCCACAAAUUAAUGGCUCUUCCUCUUCUCCGGAUCUCCCUGUUUCUUCUCAGAGAAUCAGACUCAGUGAUGGAAGGUACCUUGCUUUCACUGAGAAGGGGGUUUCUAAAGACAAGGCCAAUUUCAAAAUCGUUGUCUGCCAUGGAUUUGGAAGCUCCAAAGACAUGACUAUUUUGGCAUCCCAAGAAUUGAUAGACGAGUUGGGGGUUUACUUUUUGCUCUAUGAUAGACCUGGGUAUGGUGAAAGUGAUCCAAAUCCCAAUAGCUCAGUCCAGAAUGAAGCAUCUGACAUUCAAGAACUGGCUGACCAGUUGCAAAUUGGUUCGAAAUUUUAUCUGAUCGGCGUCUCGAUGGGGUCGUAUUCGGCUUGGAGUUGCCUCAGAUACAUACCAGAGAGGUUAGCAGGCACAGCUCUUAUAGUCCCAUUAGUAAACUAUCAGUGGCCUUCACUUCCCUAUAGCCUCAUAAGGGAGGAUUACAGAAGAAAGGUUGUGAAAUUAGGAUUGUGGCUUUCAAACUAUGCCCCUGGGCUGUUGCAUUGGUGGGUGAGUCAGAAUUGGAUUCCUUCAACUUCCGUACUCGAAAAGAAUCCGAUAUUCUUCAACGAACAAGACAUCGAAAUCUUAAAGACGAUACCGGGCUUCCCGAUGCUCUCCAAGAGGAGGUUAAAGGAGCAACGCGUUUUCGACACCCUUCGGAGCGAUUUCAUGAUGGCGUUUGGCGAAUGGGAAUUUGAUCCAGCUAACCUAAGAAACCCGUUCCCUCGAAACGAAAGUUCGGUCCAUAUCUGGCAAGGUUGUGAGGACAAAGUUGUGCCAGUCCAGCUGCAAAGACAUGUUUCAGGGAAGCUUCCAUGGAUUCAGUACCAUGAAGUUCCUGAUGGUGGGCAUUUGAUUAUUCACUACAAAGGCUUAUUUGACACCAUUUUAAGAGCACUUUUACUUGGAGAAGACCCAGUUUCUUAUAGACCAAAACCUCUUACAGCAAAAGCCAUGUCUUAAAAUUUAAAGUCAGCAACUGAUUCUUUCAGAGAGACAGAAACAUAACAUUAAAUUUGUGAAGUUUGGAUCAGAUUCUGCAGGAAAACCAGAGACAGACAGAGAGUGGGUUUUCCAUAAAUUAAUUUUCAGAGGAAUAAAAAAAUGGUGUUCAAAUGUAAUGCAAUUGGUACGCAGUAGUUUAGAGACGUCUGGUCGAUGAUAUAUGCAUUAACUAGUUAAAUUAUAUUCGAGUUAGUUUGGAGUUUUUAAUUUUAGUUUGUGGAUGGAAACAAGACAUUCUUGUCUAAUCUUCUUAGGAGUGUUUGUUUUAUGCCUAGACAGUUGUAUUUUGUGAAUACGAUGAUACUAUUGUUUCUCA